CCCUCACUCACUGUCACUGACACCACCGUAUCAUCGCAACCUGAUUCUCUUCUUUCCUUUUUCCUUUUUUCCUUUUUCUCUCUCUUUACAAAUACCAUUUGCAAUGGCAAAUGUUGUGACUUACCCAAAUUUGCAGACGAAAAUGCCCCACCAUUCCAAAUGAAAUCAGAAGAGCUUUUACUCAUCAUAUAAACCACAUUUAUUUCACGUUAUUUCCCCCCGAAAUUUCUUCCAAAAUUAAUGUUCUUCACUUGCAUUCAAUGAUGAUCAUGCUUCGACGCCUCAGAUUUUGCUUCCUCUGUUUCUUUCUUUUUGCUCCUACUCUUUCUCUCUCUUAUGAAGCUCGUAAUCCAGAAGUUGUAGCUUUGAUUUUGAUUAGAAAUGGCUUGAAUGAUCCUCAUGGAGCUCUUAACAAUUGGGAUGAAGAUUCAGUCGACCCUUGUAGCUGGGCUAUGAUUACUUGUUCCCCUGAUAAUCUAGUCACUGGCCUUGGAGCUCCAAGUCAAGGAUUAUCAGGAACAUUGCAAGGAGUUAUCGCUAAUCUCACAAACCUCCGUCAAGUAUUGUUGCAGAACAACAACAUCUCCGGGCAAAUUCCGGCCGGAAUAGGCCACCUUCCGAAGCUGCAAACGGUGGAUCUAUCAAACAACAAACUCUCCGGUCACGUGCCGGAGUCGCUGAGUCUUUUAAAUAGCUUACAAUAUCUAAGGUUGAAUAACAACAGCUUAUCUGGAGCUAUUCCUUUGUCGUUAGCUUCUGUUCCUCAGCUUGCCCUCUUAGACUUGUCAUACAACAAUCUCAGUGGUCCAGUUCCCAAGUUUUCAGCAAGAACUUUCAAUAUUGUGGGUAAUCCUUUGAUAUGUGGUACUCAUGCUAACGAAGGUUGUUAUGGAUCGACUUUACCUGAGCCACUAUCGUUCGAGAUUAAUCCAUCAUCAGGAAAAAGCAAGUCGAAAAGGGUCGCAAUUGCUCUUGGAAUCAGUCUAAGUUGUCUCGUUCUUCUCAUUGUAUCACUUGGAGUUCUUCUAUGGAAGAGAAGCCGAAGCCAUAAACAAAGCAUCCUUGAUAUCAAUGACAUACCAGAAGAGGGUUUAAUGAACUUAGGAAACUUAAGAAGCUUCACAUUCAAAGAACUCCAAUACGCAACCGAUAAUUUUAGCUCAAAAAACAUUCUUGGAGCUGGAGGAUUUGGUAAUGUGUACAAGGGAAAGUUAGGAGAUGGGACAAUGGUGGCUGUGAAACGGUUGAAAGACAUCAAUGGAACCGCAGGGGAAUCACAAUUCCGGACAGAAUUGGAGCUCAUUAGCUUAGCCGUUCACCGGAAUUUGCUCCGGUUGAUUGGCUAUUGUGCAACUCCGGUGGAAAGACUCUUGGUUUACCCUUUCAUGUCUAAUGGCAGUGUAGCUUCAAGGCUUAGAGGAAAACCAUCAUUAGACUGGAAUGCACGAAAAAAAAUUGCGAUAGGGGCCGCAAGAGGUUUAUUAUAUUUACACGAGCAGUGUGACCCAAAGAUUAUCCACAGAGAUGUGAAAGCGGCUAAUGUUCUUUUAGACGAGUUUUGUGAGGCGGUUGUGGGUGACUUUGGGCUCGCGAAACUUCUUGAUCAUGCGGAUUCACAUGUCACCACCGAGGUGCGUGGUACUGUGGGCCACAUUGCACCGGAAUAUCUCUCCACUGGCCAAUCAUCAGAGAAAACAGACGUUUUUGGAUUCGGGAUUUUGUUGUUGGAAUUGAUAACGGGAAUGAGAGCUUUCGAGUUUGGGAAAACGGUUAAUCAAAAAGGCGCAAUGCUCGAAUGGGUGAAAAAAUCACACCAAGAGAAAAAGGUGGAACUAUUAGUAGACAAAGAGUUGGGGACAAAUUAUGACCAAAUUGAUGUGAGUGAAAUGCUACAAGUAGCAUUACUAUGCACUCAGUACAUCCCGGGCCACAGGCCCAGGAUGUCUGAGGUGCUCAGGAUGCUGGAAGGAGACGGUUUGGCUGAAAAAUGGGCCGCGACUCAUAAUCACGUGAGCCAUAACACCACCAUAAGAAACCAAACAAAAAAUGGAUGUACGGUCCAAAAACUUGAUGACAAUGAUGAUGACUAUACAUCAAGCAUGCUUGGGGUGAUGUUGAUGGAUGAUGACCAUGAUGCCCAUGCCAUGGAACUCUCUGGUCCAAGAUGAUCAUCAAAUGUCAUUUACUAAAAUAGGAAUAUCAAGGAAAAAGGUGCUAUAUUUUUAGUUUUAUAUAUUUAGUAUUUAAAUUAAAGGUUUUAUGUGAAAAAAGUGGAUGUAUAGUUUGGUAAAUAUGUUUGGUUUAAGGGUCUAAUUUGUUUUUGGAAAUUAAUGUUACAUUGUAGAAAAAAUAUUGAUGACUACUUUGAUAUAUGGUAAUAUGGUAUGCUAUGGGUU